AUGAAUCAAAAUGAAAUUUUUUCUUCGGAUUUUGAAAAUUCUUCUGGUAUAAUAAAUAGAAAUUCUCCAACAUCUCCACAGCCCAGCACCGACAUUUACGAAAGACUCAAUUCUUUGCUUGACAGUGACAAGGAUCAAAAUUCUCCACAAGAUUGUGAUUCGGUGACUUCCAUGUCAGAUUUAUGGGCAUCAAACUAUUCCAGAAGAUUUCUUUCAAACAAUUCUAGCUUUCUACAAUAUCCUAUAGAAUUUGCACGACGAAGCGAAGAUGACAUACCAUCACUUAGAAAUUUUCAUCGUAGUUUUGAAACUACCGGUUAUCAUUCGAUGCCAAAUUCUCCAAUGGUUCCAAGACGUCAAGACUCUCUCACUAAAUACGGUGGUUGUUUUUCACCCAUUGAUAACUCAUUUUGGACAACAAGAAAUGUAUCUUUAUCACCUUCAGAAUCACAAACGAGUAGCAGUUGCGUCACUGAUUCCACAUUAAGUGAUUUAAUGGUUUGA